GGAAGAAGAUGAAGUGAGGGACCGCAAACAUGAGGAAAUCUGUAUUUCGUUCCAUAGCAGCUCUGAAUUCGGGGAUCAGGAGGAAGUAGCCCGACCGCCGUACCAAACUAUAUUUCCCAGCAACCCCUGGGAAAACACGCUCCCCACAUCCAGCCCUCCAUACGACAAGAGGUCAUAUCAGGACAGAGAGGGGGGCAGGGAGAGUGACCUUGAUGACUCCACCCUAUUGGAAGACAGAGAAGAGGGGGACCGCAAGGGUCGGUUGGUGUUUGAUGACGAUGACACCUGGAAUGACCUGGAGGUGGCUGGCAGAAUCGUUGAGGACCCCAUCAGAACAAAAGGCGCUGCUACAGGAAACAGCCACACUCUCACAAUAACAGGGAAUGACGUCUCUUCCCCCAGAGAGGAAGCUGAAGAGAAAGGUGGCUGGGGCCGAGCUGGAGAGGCUGGAGAGGGUGUCAAUUAUCACAGCAGCCAACCAGGAGCUAGAUCCGCCUCCCAGCUUAUGGCCAGGCUGUUCCCCUCGCUGAAGCCCAAGACCCAGGCCCCUCCUCCACCAGAGCCAAAGAAGUCUGAGAACGGACCAGUUGAGAGAGUUGCAAACACACUCUUAACCCAGGGGAGCAUCUCAACAGCAACUGUUUUCCCUUCCAAAGUUGGUAGCACCAGCAUUAAACUGUGUGUGUGUGGGGGGUCAGGCCAGCAGCAGCAGCAGUCCAGGCAGCUGAGGGAGAGAGAACGAUUCAGGACAGAGAACACUGCCCUGGCCAGACUCCGACUGGAGAACGAGAAUAACCAGGAAUAUCUCAGGAAGGAGAGGGCAGAGUUUGAGCAGCAGAAGGCUGAGGAGCUGGCCAGGUUUGAAGAGUUCAAGAGGGAGGAGACUAAGAAGCUGCAGAAGGAACGCAAGGUGUUUGAGAACACCUCCGCCGCCAGGGCCAUACCAGAUAAAAGGGAGCUCGACGAGAUCCAGGCCCUGCAGCAACAGCAGAGUUCCCUACACAAGGAGCUGAAAUGGAGAGAGAGCCGCUGGUCCACCACACACAAGCGUCUCCGACAGCAGAUCGACUUGAUUUAUUCAUAUGUGGAGAUGGAGAGGGUGCUGGCCUGUGGAGGGAGACUCCUCAUCUUUCCCAAUGGGACCAGGAAGGAGGUGUUAGCGGACAGACUGACAGCCAAUGUCACCUUCAACAGGGACAUCAAGCAGGUUAUGGCUGACCAGAGAGUGAUCUACUACUAUGCUGAUGCCCAGACCAUUCACACCACCUAUCCUGACGGCAUCGAGGUUCUGCAGUUCCAACAACCAGACUGUGAAGCAUUUCCCUAAUGGCCGUAAGGAGAUCACGUACCCUGACCAGACAGUUAAGAACCUGUAUCCAGAUGGAACGGAGGAGUGUACACUCACUGAUGGGACCAUCAUUCAAGUUAACCUGCAAGUCCACACCUAUCUAUCACGUUCUCUACACUGACAUGCGUCUGGACAGGGAUGGCAGUAAGGAGGUCCACACAGCAGACUAUAAAAGGAGGGAGUACCCAGAUGGCACUUUGAAGACAGUUUAUACAGAUGGCAGACAGGAGACCAACUACACCACUGUUGUCAUGGACAACAGGCCCUAGGCCUGAAUCAUUUGUGUUUCGAAAAGUUUAUUUUAAUGUGGUGCGAGUGUCUUUUUUAUGUCUAUUUAUUUUAGCUGAUUGUAAUUUCUUUUGUAAAAUUAAUGUUUAUCAAAUCCCUGUGCAUACAUUUAGGGAGUGUAUUAAAGAGUCAGACACAUUGAAGCAGUUUUAAAUGAAAACUUUAAUACUUCUGUACCCUUCAUACAGACAGAAAAUAAAGUGCUCAGCUACAUUCUGCUCAAAACAAAGUGUUUGAGAUUUGUAUGUACUGUAUAUUGAAGGAACAGGGAACUGAAGA